AUGUACUCGGCAAAUCGCUCGCAUCGCGCGGAAACGAGAAACCGCUCAAAAGACGAGCUACGAAAGGUGAGCGGAAAUUAUUGCCAUCGUUCUAUGUUCUAAUCAAUAGUUUUAGGUGAUCAACUCUCUUGAAAAGGUUCGCAAGUGGGAGAAAAAGCUCGUUCUCAUCAAGGACACUAACAUUCGGAUAUAUAAAUGGGUCCCAGGUAGACAAUAGCUGGCACGUGUUCGAAUUUUAUCGAUUUUUUCAGUGAGUGCUCAAAACAUCCUGGCCCCGCCGAAAAACCAAAUCAAGGAGGUGGACGAAGAGAGCAACCAAAUUCCGUCCGCCGAAAACUCUCAAGGUAGCCGAUUUCUAGACCGAACGUUUACAAUUCUCUACCUAGCUGCAGAUUCAACGAGUGUGACGCAGCCAGCGGUUAACUUCGACAUCAACGAGGACUCGAACUUCUCGACUGGCGACAACUUUGACAGCGAUUCGAACCAGACGUUCGAGCCACAAAACUACCAAGGCGGAGCAACCGGAUCGACAGAUUUCAGCGCUAUGCGCGAUGCGGAAAUGAAGCAACCAUGA